CAUUUCCCCAGCAUAUGAUUAAAUGAUACUGGGGCCGACAAGUCAGAAACAUAGGAGAAUCUACAAUCUCCGCGUGCAUGUCAGAACGCUUGAUCCUUGGUCUCUCGUCACGACAAACGAUACGGUAUAAAGCCGAUAGCACCCACCCAGUGGAGUUGCCAUUGCUCAUCUGGCCACAUUCAUACUAAGCCCACCACGACUCCUCAUACGAUGCAUUUCUCCACGACCUCUAUUCUUAUCGCGAGUGUCACCAUUCUCGCUGCGGCAAACCCCACGCCCCAAGGCCUUGAUCUCGUAGAAUCGAAAUUUGCAAAUACUCAAAAGGAGAGCUGUUACGAUAUCGAAGGUGGUCCUAACGGAUACUUUUGCGACAAAUAUUCCUUCUUGGUUAGACAAAACUUCCGUUGCAAGAUUGGUCUCCGUCAUAUGCUGACCCUACUUCCUUCGAUUUCAGUGGAGAUGUGGUAAUGGUCAUGCUGAGCCAUGCCAGCAAUGUGGCACGCCAACGCUGUACAACCCACAAACUGGAUGUUUCGCUUCCAACGACGGCAAGGCUGGCUACUGCUUUGACGGAUCUCGGCAGUACAGAAACUGCUAGAAUCACAAACAACCACCAGGGGGCUGGCAGUAGCCACCAACACAAUGGAUGGCGUGGUAG